AUCUGUGCAGCACACAUCUAGGUGGACACGCCCCCUGUGAUGUCAGAAGAAGCAGGUUUUCAAAACGGCUUGUAACGGUUAAUCAUCCUCACAACUGGUUGCAUAAUAUGUCACCUUUAAGCUCGCUGGUUUAAGCUAAACCUGAGUUAAGCGCAAACUUAAACAGAGACCUAAAACCCUAGAUUCAAGACCUCUAGAUUUCGCCAAUAGGUUACGUGUGCAGGACACAGAGGCUAAGUUCAGACUUCAGUCAUGGGUGCAUUCUAUGAUGACAGAGGACUGGGAUUCGACAACAAAGGUGUAACAGUGUCAAUGCUGCAAGCCGUGUGUCUGUCUGUCUGUCUGCUGUCUGUCUGUCUGUGUGUGUGUGUGUGUGUGUGUCUGUCUGUGAGUGUCUGUCUUAGAGUGAGUGUGUGUGUGUGUGUGUGUCUCUUUGACUGAGAGUGUGUGUGUGUGUGUGUCUGUCAGAGUGUGUGAGCUUAUGUAUGCAUGUAUGUAUGUGGUCUGUCUGUUUGACUGAGUGUUUGCAUGCGCGUGUGCGUGACGGCUGCUUCAACCUGUUGCAUACUGAACACCCAACGCCCAACAGGUGUGUAGCCUCACCCCGCCCCCAGAGUCCAGUCAGCCAAUCACAAACGAGUUUUUCACUGGUGCAAGCUUAUGGUGGCCUAGUCUGCCUGAACGGAAGUGGACAGCGUCUAUUGCCUAGCGUUGGAUUUCACCGCUACUCCUCCUCUUCCGGUUGCUCGCAUUUCCCCCCGGCACUAUUUUGCAUGGACACCGCUGCUGCUUCCCGGGCUUAGCCCCGCCCUAGACGAUUGUGAUUGGUUUAAAGAAAUAAAAUCAGGCCCGCCCAGUUUCCCCACGGAUAGACGGCUCGAGGAAGCGUGGUUCCAGACCAUUCUACUUGCUGUAGUUUGGUCUGGCUUUGCGAAACUAAUGGUGGCCUGGUCCUACAACUCUCGUGCUUCAUUUCAUUCGCAGUCUGGACCUACUCAAUUGACAAACGUUAACCUACUUGAAGGCGGGUUUCUGUUGAAGUUUAAAACUAUUUGAUCCCAGUGCCACUCUGGAUCUGCCAUAAUCAAUCGCUAUCGUUUGGCCGGGAAUCACGUGGCGCGCAGGCUGUACACAAACCAAACACCGUGUGUGAAGAUGUCCAUCAGCGAGAGCUGACUUUAACGUCAUUGUUCUCAGGCACUCCCUCUGUUCGAUGAUUGGACGCAAAAAAUGUGGAAGGAGAAAACCCACCAACAUACCGCAGACCCAGAUGUAGUACUGAAGGGAAAUUUAAAUUGAGCGGAAGUGCUUAGCCUGGCAGAGCCAGGCUAAGCACUAAGCUUAUGGCGCGUUCCAUGCAACCCCGUAACCCGUGUUUUCACAACCUUAUACCCGUGAAAGUGCCCGCGAACGGCAGUCAAACCUGCACUUCAUUACUCCUGAACUCGUACCAGAUCAAUUACUUCCACUUCCACCAAAAGUGUCCCUGGAACGCAGCAUUAUUACGUAUUCCUUUGCCUGUGUCUUGCUGCUUGCGGCAAAAAGUCACAUGGCGGACCUUACGGCUGAACACCAAAUCGACCGUAACCGUCGCCUGAAUGGGCUCCUUUGACGGCACUGGGGACCUAUAAAAGCCUGCCUAUCUCUUGGCAACUAGACGCGAGCAUGCUGCAGAGCGGCAGCGGCGACCGAGCGCAGAGGUAAUCAAUCCGUCCAUCACCGUCACCGUCACCAUCAACAUCCACAUCUCCAUCACCAUGGCAACGGACGCGUCAGCCGGGCAGAUCGUCGCCGUGUUUACCGCGUUCGUAUGCGUGGCUCUCCUGCUCCUCGUCGCAAGCCGCCGCCGGAGGCGACCAUCGCGAGAGGAGGAUGAGGAGGAAGGUGCGGGGCGCGGGGUGCUCGUGACCGGGUGUGACAGCGGCUUCGGGCACCACCUCGCGCUGCAGCUGGACGCGCGCGGCUUCGCGGUGUUCGCGGGGUGCCUGUUCCCAGAGGGGCGCGGGGCGCUCACGCUGGCGCAGGAGGGCUCGUGCCGGCUGAGGGUGCUGAAGCUGGACGUCACGAGCGAUAAGGACGUGGAGGAGGCCAAGAGGGUCGUCCAGAUCAACCUCCCCGAGAACGGCCUGUGGGCGGUCGUAAACAACGCCGGGAUCUCAGACUGGGCGGAAACAGAGUGGAGCACCAUCAACCACUACACCAAGAUGGUGGACGUCAACUUGUUCGGAGCCAUCCGGACCACCAUCGCCUUCCUGCCGCUGGUCCGCGCGGCCAAGGGUCGGAUGGUCUUCAUGUCCAGCAUCUUCGCCUUCUUUCACUGCCUGAACAUGGGGGCGUAUAGCGUCUCCAAAAGGGGGCUGGAGGCCUUCGCUGACUGUCUGAGGGUGGAGAUGGCCAGCUUUGGCGUCAAGGUCAGCAUCGUCCAGCCGGGCAACUUCGGCCGUGCGACCAACAUUGUGAAAACCAAGAAGAGCUGGAAUAUCUGGGAGAACCUCACCCCAGAACAGAAGCUUGUCUUCAGCCGCGAGUACAUGGAACUCGCUAAUGCCUACUUCAACACCGUGACGGGGGCAGGGUUUACGGAGGUCAGCAUGGUGGUCGACGCCCUACUGCACGCGGUGUCCUCCCCACGGCCACAGUACCGUUAUCUCCUGGCGUCCCGGCUGGACUCGCUGUUCUUCAGCUGGUAUUCCCUGCUUCCCACCGCCGUGUCGGACGGCAUCUUUGCGUUGAGUCCGAUGUACGCACGCAGGAGGAAGAUGCUGUACUCGAAGCAGUGAGGGUGGAGGGAGAGAGGGAGGGAGAGAGAGAGAGGGGGAGGGGGAGAGGGAGAAUGUAUGGAUGGGCUUUGUUGUCGUUAAUCCGUGUAUGGUUCGUUCUUUCAAUAUUCCGAUUUAAAACAAAAUCAGAAAAACCAAAUAACAGUCGUUCUUUGGUUUUUCUGAUUUGGUUUUGAAACGGAAAAAGGGCAAAAGGAUUAAACAAAUAAACGGCAUUUCAUUUGUGCUUUGUUUGUUGGUUUUUUAAACCCGAAACAGAAAAACAAAAAUAGAUACAUUUGUACACCAGAAGGCAGAACGCAGCGAGCGAAGAAAAAAGAGCCUACCACCUAAACCAGCAAUAGACUGUCCAAUUAUAUUUAGCCUUAGUUAUGGCCGCACUUGAACCAUAUGGGGAUUUUAUUCGUGAACUAUUUGACAAUGGAAAGACACAUGACGAGAUCAGUACCGCUCUAAAGCAAUCUGGUGCACCAAAGUGCUCCGUUAUGACGGUGAGGAGGUUCUGUGUGGAGCAACCUUCGAAGAAGAAAUCUAGUUCCUUUCUUCUUCUAUGUAGCCUAUUGUACAAUAUGUAGGCUACUUGUCAUUUAGAUGUAUUUUAAUGUUUUAUGACUAGCUAGGUUUCUUAGUAAACAGCCACCUGGAAUAUCAUGGCGAUCUUCUCCACGGUCAUAUCAUCCACUCGCAGACUAAGUCGCUGGCUCCCAUGCACGGAAAACAAUAAAGCUGGCCAUUGUAGACUGCGAGACUCAAUGGAAAGUUUGAAACGUCUUUAUAUGUAUUUUUUUAAAACCACGUGCCCUUUUCCUGGCAUUGGGGUUUUAUCUAAAUAUCACACAAACAAAACAAGCAACUGGAUUAUUCAGUA